UUAUUCAAAAACUUAAUUACUAUAUAGUGCCAAUGGUGAAGUUCUCACACCAUAAGAGUUCUACUCUGAAAAAGGUGUUUCGUCGAGGGGUCAGUUCUUGAGUGAUGGAGUUCCUAAGAAGACGUUUUCUCUGCUGGCGCAACGGCCUAGAGUCCGAGUUUAGCAGUGCGAAGAAGCUGUUCGAAAAGGCUUGCCACUCGGUUACGCAAUACAUCUGGGUUUGCGGGUGUGAACGUUUCGAGCCAAAUUUCACCCGUUGGAAUGCGCGGUUUGUGUUUUUGAUGGUGAAUAUUUGCGUGUUCAUGGCGGUUAGUUUCUGGAGCUUGACCGUCCUUUGGGGACAACGGGUGGAGUUUAUAUUCUGCUGCGUUACUAUCGGGAUUGGUGUCCAGGGAUUCGUUAAAGCCUACAUGUACUCUCAUGACACCAUCUAUGAGCUCCUCCAGUACAAUCUGAAACGAUUUGAAAAUACAAAAAGAAUGCCCGAAAUACACCACUCUCUGGUUAAUACGGCCUCCCUGUGUACCGCUUCUGUAAAGCUGAUUGGACCAUGCUACGCAUCGAUGGGAGCCUUUACGAUCUUCAUUUCAAUCGUCAUUUCUUUGUAUUACGGUCGAUUCGAGCUGCCGUUUGGAUUCUACCUCCCGGGACUGGAUCGCGCCACGUGGAUCGGAUAUCUGCUGAAUCUGGCGUUUCACAUUCUGCAAGUGUUCGAAGCCGUCACCGGACUGCUGGCCGCCGAUAUGUGCUUCUUCAAUCUGAUGAUAAAUGCCGUCGGACAGCUGGAUGUUAUGGUCAUCUAUUUGAGGAAAUUAGGAGGAGCUGCUAACACGGACAAAUAUGAGGAUGCCUUGGCUGAACCUGAAUUAAACGAACUCUUAAGUGAACUGAUUGAAAAUCAUUGCGAACAUAGAAAGUACUAUGCCUUUGAUUUUGUAUAGAACAAAUUCAAAACAAAUCAAUCUGCAGGUAUCUCACGAAGAUGGAAUCACUUAUGCAGGCGGGUUUCUUCAUCAAUAAUGGAUGCCUAAUUGCUGAAACAGUAACGUCGUUGUUCGUUAUUCUAACCGUAAGAGUGUUCAAAUUCUCUUAAACACUCUUUAAAUUAUCGAUUUUUGCUUGCAGAGUGAUGAAAUUUGGAUACCUGGCAUAUUGA